AUGGACCAAAUAUUAGAGUGUGGUGAUAUCAGGUCGGCCACAGCCAACUUGCAGUUUUGGUCAAGCUUGUGCCUCAAACAAGUACAAGAAAACUACAACUAUUUACGAGAAAACCAGCUAGGUUUGUUCCACGCAUUGGGAAAGAUCAUCUUUUCCAGUAGCAAAUACAAAGAGCUCGAGGCGGAGGAACUGGAUUUCAAUUCGGUAGAACUGGUUCUCUCAUCAUAUGGCAAUACCAGCCUACUACUACUUGCAUUACUCGAAAACUAUCAUGUUGUGAAUGGACUGAACUACUCUAUCAACUCAGCAUCACUGAUUACGAACGCUUUAAGUGAAAGCGAUUGCAUGCCCAUAUUUGAAGGAAAAGAGUAUGGCAUUCGCAACACUCGAAAUGAGUUGAGGAAAGUCCAGAGUCAGCGAACGUCAAGUAGAGCUCUCAGUCUCCAAUUUCCUCGGCAGUAUAAGAUGACAAGAGCUUAUAACCGAGUGUUCAAGGAGGUACAAGAAUAUCGUGAAGUUGUGUGCCACAUGAAAACGUCGUUUCUGGACUUGAAUAUGAUCGAUGGAUACUUUGUGCCCCGAAUAUAUAAUUCUUUUCGUUACAAACUCAAAAACGAAAGGCGGCCCUUGGAGUAUAAUCGUCUUGGGGGCAAGUUUAAAGAGGUUUAUUCUGAUACUACGGCAUUAGUGGAUGAUAUUGAGUAUAGCGAAACGAUAAAAGAUCAAUUUCGAAAAGAUAUUGAAGAUCGUUCCGGCAACAAGGACUCAGAAUCUGAUAUGAGCGACCCAAUUAGUGAGUCUGACCAGUCGGACGACUUUCUGUCAGACUCUGAUCUCGAUGGACUUAUUUCACAAGGUGUGGUGUAG